GUGCCAACAAACUCUAAACUCUUGCCCUCCCCCCCUUCCCUCCUCCUCUCGCCUUCUUCACAUUCCUUUCACUCCUCCUUCCUUCCUUCCUACUUCUUCCUCUCCCUGACCAGAAUCCGAAAGCUCUCCCUCAACUACUCCUACUCCUACUCCUGCACCUUUCUCGCCUUUCGCAUUCCCUGCCGUCUUCUCUGAUCUUUAAAUGCAAUGGCGGAGCACAAUAUUAGACCCGCCAAGAGCAGGGUUCUCUAUGUCAGGAUGAAGUUCCUGCACAGACACUCUAGGUCACCCCAAGAACGCAGCUGCUUUCACUCUCAUUACAAAUGGGUUCUCUGGUUUUCCUUCUCACUUUACUUCUUCGCUUCCUAUCUCAUCGGCAGCGAUCCCCACGCUCAGCUCGGCUCUCUUCGCGCCACCCCUGUCUCCAACACCGAAUCCGCUCUCCUGUCCAGUGCCCUUUUCGAGUCCUCUCACAUGGCUCCCCGGCAGCCUCGAGCCCCUCUGGGUGCGUUGAAGAACCUGAAGAUUUUUGCCUACGAUUUGCCCCCGAAAUAUAACACCGAUUGGCUUUCCAACGAGAGGUGCAGCAGUCAUUUGUUUGCGUCCGAAGUGGCCAUUCACAGGGCCUUGUUGACGAGCGACGUGCGCACAUUUGACCCGUAUGAAGCUGACUUCUUCUUCGUGCCCGUCUACGUCUCCUGCAACUUCAGCACCGUCAAUGGUUUCCCCGCAAUUGGUCACGCGCGCGCUCUCAUCGCUUCCGCAGUGCAACUCGUCUCAUCCGAGUAUCAUUUUUGGAAUCGAAGCAGGGGGUCCGACCACGUGUUCGUCGCUUCUCACGACUUCGGUGCUUGUUUUCACACCCUGGAGGACGCGGCGAGUGCAGAUGGGAUACCAGAAAUCUUGAAGAACUCUGUUAUAUUACAGACAUUCGGUGUUCAAUACGAGCACCCAUGCCAGGACGUUGAGAAUGUGGUGAUACCACCCUACGUAUCGCCGGAAAGCUUGCGGAACACUCUGGAGAAAGCUCCGGUGAACGGAAGGCGAGACAUUUGGGUGUUUUUCAGGGGGAAAAUGGAGGUCCAUCCGAAGAACGUCAGCGGACGGUUUUACAGCAAGCGCGUGCGGACGGCGAUAUGGCGGAGAUACAACGGCGACAGGAGGUUUUACCUACGGCGGCACAGAUUUGCGGGCUACCGGUCAGAGAUUGCCCGGUCAGUGUUCUGCCUGUGCCCGCUGGGGUGGGCCCCGUGGAGCCCUCGGCUGGUCGAAUCAGUGGCGUUGGGCUGCGUGCCGGUGAUAAUCGCGGACGGGAUUCGGCUGCCGUUUGGAUCGGCGGUGAGGUGGGGGGAGAUAUCGGUGACGGUGGCGGAGAAGGACGUGGGGAGGCUUGGGGAGAUACUGGAGGAGGUGGCGGCGACGAAUCUGAGCAAGAUCCAGAGGAAACUGUGGGACCCGAGCACGAAGCGGGCCCUGCUGUUCAACAAUGAGAUGAGAGAAGGCGACGCCACGUGGCAGGUGAUGGUGGCGUUGAGCGAGAAGUUGGACAGGUCCUACAGGAGGUCGAGGGUUUCAGGCCAAUUGGAGAGCGACACGUAAUGUGGAAAGAGGGGUCUUUCCAACGUGGAUAGGGGCUCAGCGCGGCGCAUGAUGGAAGACAGCUGGAAUACUUCGGGGGAAGGGAGAGAAGGAAUUUUGGGGAUAGAGGUGGGACGCAGAGUAGCAGAGGAAGGGAUUUGAUUGGAGGGGUAUGCGGUUUGUCAGAGAAAAAGUUGACCACAGUCAUAAAGUAGAGGAGAAAUAUCAUCGAAUUUAAGAAUGGAGAUGGCCAAAAGCUGUAAACCGUGAACAAGAUGAUUUUUGGGUGUUAUUUUUUUUGUAAAUAAUAAAAAUAGAGGAAAGGUGAAAUUCUUUUUGGAGAUGGAAAUAUUAAAUAAAAGAAGAAGGGGCUGAAAUGGCAGAGGUGUAUUGCGUGCGGGAGGUAGCCCGGGGGGGGGGGCUCAGGUGUCAGUAGUCACGGGUACGGUAUGGGUCUCCUGGAUCCAAUACACACGCUCCAGUCCAACCCCAUUCAAGAGCAGCUUUUGUGGAUGAAAUGGAUUUGAAUGUACAAUUCCCAUUAGGUUUAAUUCCCAUCGGUUAAAGUACAAUUCGGAUCAAUUAGAUUUACAAACCUCAUCAUGGACGCUAUUGGCCUUCGCUCAUCCGGUAUGUUUCAUUUGUAGAUUAAAAAUGAAAAAAAAGGGACCCUAUGAUCAAUCUCAGUCUUUUCGUUUGUCCUGUUACGUGUUUUCCCCCAAAGUUUGAAUGUGAAUGUUCCCUGUUGCGAAAAAGGAAUAUUUAAUGACAAAAACAAUUAAAAUGUGA